AUGUUCCAAUCACUACUUUAUCAGUUUAAAUUGAGGUUUAAAAUGAUCAAUCCAUGUAAAGAAAACAAUGCAAUUUUUAGUUGAUAUUAAAUAAGAAUUCAAAUUUUUGAACAACACUCAAUAAUAAUGUACAUUGCAUUCCAAACAACAAUUAAACCAAUCGACUUAUUUAAUGAAAUUUGGUAAUUCUUUAGCAUCUCAUAAUUAGCAAUUUCACAAUAAGAUAAAUGCUUAGGUACUCGAAUUGGAUAGUACAUUUCAUUAAAUGAUCCUAAGUUUGAUAUCAAUACAACGAGAUAUUAUUGCCCCAUCUCAAGAAUAGAUGACGUUGGAAUGUUUGAUUUAUUGGUCCACGCCGUUUACGCUGAAAAUAAGAAUUUUUCCACUCACAUCACAACUUUGAAUGUAAUAAUUGCAAAUAUCAUAGGAUGGACACAUUCUCAAUAUAAAUGGACCUUUCACUAAUUACCUUUACCACGGGUAUGGCUCAAUCGAAAUCCCCAAGUACAAUAUCAAUUCAAAUUACUAAUAUAUUGGCAUAGUGGCAGAGUCUUCAGCUAUUGCUGCUUUUUUCCAAGUUAUGACAAUGCUUAUUUUGAUAGUUAAUUGAAGGUAUAGCUACGAAUGGCGAUAAUACACAUAUAGGAUUGCUUUAUGUGGCUGACACUCUCGAUGAAUUAGUUCUGAUGGAGGAAUUAAUUUGGUACAUGGAGGAGAAAAAGAUAAAUGCUACAUUUAUGCUGAGAAAUGAGCAAGAUCCAGUCGGAAAGGUCUUUAGUGGUCCUAAGGGCUAAUUAAAACCGAUUUAUUUGGAAUAGUAUUUGCCUUAGCCUAAUGAUCAAACAUUAAUUCUUGUUUGCGGGAGCAGGUAAUGAUUAUAAAUUUUAAUAAGGGCAUUUAAAAAAGAAACUAAAUAACAACUGGAAUAUAUCCAUCACCAAAAUAUAGCUAUAAUUUGA